UAGUGGCCGCACGUCAUUCUUUUAUAACCUUUGGCUAUAGCCGCUGACACAAACAGAAAAUGUAUAUAUAUAUCUAUAUAUAUAUAUAUAUAAUAUUAAUCUUGUUCGUAAUUAGGAGAAAAAGUGUCAAUAAUUCGGACAGGCUACGUAAAUCACUGGACCGUAGCGGAGAGCGCGCACUCGCUGAUGUGAAUCACGCCAAACCAAUGCGCAAGAUAUUGAACGCCGACUACGAUAGCCCGGUCCUGACGUCGCAGUAUUGAUUGGACCCAACACAUGUUACCGGAUAAAAGCGACCGACUCCAGUCCAACGUAAUAGUAACACUGGUGGGCCUUCUAGGCAAAGUUAUCGGCGACGUAGAGCGCUGUUAAAAAAAAAAAAAAAAAAAAAGGAAAGAAAAAAGGGGAGGAAAAUAAGAACGACGUAAUGCGCUGAAAAAAAAAGGGGGAAAUAGGGAAGGAAACACAAGGAAAACGACAUAGUGAGCUGAAAAAAAGCGGGAAAAGGGAAAGGAAAACUAAAGACGAAAACAACGAAAACGACGUAGUGAGCUGAAAAAACAAGAGAAAAAAAAGGGGGAGUAAAUUAAAGAAGACUCCCCCCCUCAACGAAGACGACGUCUAUUUGCGCCAUGGCGUCGUCAACAAUGGUGGAGUCGUGGCUGGAUAAUAACCAGGAGGCGAUGCAGGAUUACUUCGUUCGGAAAGCCGACGUCGUCCUGAUUAACAAGUGGCUGGCGCGGAACGGGUUCCAGCCUCUACAGGAGUACACGGGACGACGCAGCUCGGCGUCCAACGAGAGCAACUCCAACCCCAGCUCCCCUCUCGACACGAAGCUGGGUGACUCGGGAUUCUUCGACUCCAAACACAACCGAUCCAACUCGAAGAAACAUCUCCGGCACGACUACGCGAGGUCGAAGAAGCGCAACAUGUUCCGGACGUACGAGCCGUCCUCGAUGCCGGAAAGUGGUCUAGAAUGUCGUCGCGGGAGUCUCAAAGAGAUGCACCAGUUCCGGUCGCUUCCGCCAAAUUCCGUAAACAUUCUUAGUCUUCUGAUCGAGUCCAGGAUUCGGUUACCGCGCUACCCGAGCAAAGACAUCGACUUAAAGCGCGAACUGCGCCACAACAACGAACGGGAGUUCUUCCUGGAGAUCGUAAAAGAAAUCUCAAAUGACCUUGACCUUAAGAGCCUGACCUCGAAGAUCGUGGCCAACGUUUCCGUUCUAGUGGACGCGGAUAGAUGUUCUCUGUUUUUCGUCGAGGGAAAGCCGUCUGGCAAACGGAGUUUGGUGUCUAAGAUAUUCGACGUUCACGCCGGGGCCAACAUCGUGCCGUCGUCGUCUGGCGAUAUUCGGAUACCUUGGGGCACUGGGAUUAUAGGUCACGUGGCGCAGACAGGGGAGACAAUCAACCUAAUGAAGGCAGCCGAGGAUCAUCGAUACAACGAUGAGAUCAGCAGGAUAGCAGGAUACCACGUGGGGGCGCUGCUGUGUCAGCCAAUCAAAAACGCAGACGAUGAAAUCGUGGCUGUGGCGCAAGUCUUGAAUAAAACCGGAAGUGAGGCGGCCUUCAGCAAAGACGACGAAAAGCUUUUAGAGACGUACUUUACGUUUUGUGGUAUAUGCAUCAACAACGCUCAAGUGUUUGAUUCGUACUCCAGAGAAUAUGAGAGAAAUAAGAUUCUGCUGGAGGUGGUGCACGAUCUGUUUGAGGAGCAGACCUCGGUCGAGGCCGUCACGUUGAAGAUGCUGCAGAGAGCGCAGACGUUGCUCAAGUGUGAACGCUGCUCCGUGUUGCUAAGAGACAACAACACUGACACUUCCUUUAACAAGAUAUUCGACCUCAGCUGUCCAAUCCGGAAUGGGCAUUCGGCAGUCAGGCGGCGCAAGACGUUUAUUAAACCAGAGUCGUGGGACGGCGUGGCCAACACACAGCGCUCCAGCCCCGACAACUGCUCGGAUCUUCGCUUUGGCAAUAAAAUAGCGGAGUUGGUUCUCAUAACAGGGGAGACAAUCAACAUAGCAGACGCCUCGCAAGACUCACGGUUCGACCCCGAGGUGGAUAGAAUAAGCGGGUUUUACACAAAAAACAUACUUUGUAAGCCAAUCAGAAACAAGGACUUCCAUAUAAUAGGUGUUGCUCAGAUUGUAAACAAAAUUGAUGGUCAGCCAUUCGAUGAUUACGACGAUCAACUUUUUGAGGCGUUUGCGAUAUUCUGUGGUCUGGGAAUUCACAACUGUCUCCUGUACGAAGAGAUGUCUCUCCUGUCAGCGCGUCAAGCUGUUGCUCUAGAGACCCUGUCGUACCACGCAUGCGUCACACAAGACGACGUCCAGCUAAUGAAGCAACAGCCCGUGCCGGAGGCGAGCGAGUGGAAGCUGUCCGAUCUCAAGUUCAACGACUUCUCCCUCAACAAGGACGAGAUGGUGCUCGCCGCCAUCCGCAUGUUCGACGAUCUCGGACUCAUGAGAACAUUCCGCAUCGACUACGAGGUGUUAUGUCGGUUUCUGCUAACAGUGAGGAAGAACUACCGGAACGUCGCUUAUCACAACUGGCGACACGCCUUCAACGUGUGCCAAGUAAUGUUUGCGAUCAUGAAGAGAAGUGAAGCUCGUCAGAUAAUCAGUGAUACAGAGUGUCUGGUGCUGCUAGUGGCCUGUAUCUGUCACGACUUGGACCACAGGGGAACAAACAAUGCCUUCCAGCAGAAAUCAAGUUCGCCUCUAGCUGCGCUGUACGGCACGAAGGCGACCAUGGAGCAUCACCAUUUCAACCACGCCGUCAUGAUACUCAACACGGACGGACACAACUUGUUUGCGACUUUCUCUUCCGAAGAAUACUCUGAUGUGGUUAACAUGCUGAAACACGCAAUUCUAGCAACAGAUCUGUCAUUACAUAUCCAGGUGCGAGAUCGGUUCUUCUCGAUGGUGGAUGAGGGAGUACACCACUGGGAGGAGAGGGAGCUGAGGGAGAUCUACCGGGGAGUGCUCAUGACAGCCAGCGACAUCGCCGCCAUCUCGAAACCGUGGGACGUGCAGCGCAGGAGUGCUGAGCUGGUUUUGACGGAAUUCUUCGAUCAAGGUGAUAAAGAAAAAAAUGAACUGAAAAUCCAGCCACAGGCGUGUAUGGACCGAGAGAAACAAGAUGAAAUAGCCAAACUACAGUUAUCAUGGAUUGAUGGAAUCUGUAUUCCUCUGUACAAGCAUCUCAGUAAGUUGGACCCGAUGUUUCAGAGCAUGCUGAACGGAGUUUACAGUAACCGAGCCCACUGGGAGAUCCUCGACCACGAGCGGCUGUCCAAGUCCAGCUUCCUCGAAACAGGAGUCUGAGGGGGGUAUUGGAAGGGGGGGGGGGUGGAUGAAUGAGGGGGAGCCACUGUAUGUAGCUACACAGGUACAAAGGAUUCAGACUAACUGGUGUAAGGACAGUGUGUUCAAAACAGUUGCAGGCUACGAGGAUAUAAAGAAUACAGACGAAUUAAAUGGAUAUACCAGCAGCUUACACAGAAUAAAUACAUUCUGUGUCACAAACGUAUCUGUGUCACAAUAUGAUAUGCCAAUAUAACUACUAGAUACACAGAUAUGAAGAUUACAGACUAGUUAAUGGGUGCAAGAAUAAUGUGUGCAAAACAUUGCUACUAGAUACAAGGGUUGAAAGACUAAAUACAUCAUUACAGAAGAACGGACAUGUCCAUACCGCAACAUGAUGUGCAAAUGUAGCUACUAGCUAUAAGGAUUCAAAGACAAAAUACAUCAUUACAGAAGAACGGACAUGUCCAUACCGCAACAUGAUGUGCAAAUGUAGCUACUAGCUAUAAGGAUUCAGACUAAAUACUAUUUUUAAAAUUAUAGAAGAACAAAUACCUCUGUGUCACAACGUGAUGUGUAAAUGUAGAUAGUAGCUAGAGAUACAUGAUGACUAUAAGCACCAUCGAUAGCUGAACGACCCCACACGGUUGAUGAUUACCUGGCAGGUACUGCACGUUCUGUGUACCCUGGGCUCAGGUGAUACCGAGAUAGCUGAACGUCCAGCAAGAUUGGAGCAUGCCCCGGUCAAGUAUAGUGCCAUACUGAAAUGAAAUCCUGCGGUUUCAUAUUCAUCUUUCCAUCGUUAUCUAUUUGUGAUGUCAUAAGAAAACAAGUCUUUGUCAUUGUGUUAUAUGUUUGUGGCAUCUUUGAAACAAGAAGACUACAGACAUCAGUAUAAAUGUAAUAAUAUGUCAAAAUAUUAAGAGCAAAAUACCUGGUAACUAAUGGAGUUUUAAGAGUACAGACUGCGACAUCAUUAUAAAUGAUGUUUUUGUUCAAAUUGUAUUUACAAAGUAGCCAGCAACUGCAGACAUAUGACGACUGACUAUUAAAUGGUGGUAGUUUGCCACGUGCAAAUAUAGGUACUAGCUACAAGAUAUGACGUCAUUGUUAGAUGAUUCAGAUGGGUCCGUGUCCCAAAACCACCUAUAAACAGAUACUAUUCGUAUGAAGACCAAAGACAAUUAAAUUUUGUCAGAGUACCGUGUGCAAAAAUAGCUAUAAGCUAAACGAAGUACAAAGACUACUAUAACUCGUUAAAAAAGGUCAGAUGUAUAUCGUAGGAUACUAUAUGUAAAAUAAUUAUGAAAUGUACAAAAAAUAAUAACCUAAACGCUGUUACGAUACUUUCUGCAAAACAAUAGUUACAAUGGUACAGAGUUUACUUGCAUCAUUACUAUAAUAUCAGAUGUAUGUGCCAAAAUACUAUGUGUGAAUUUGCCACUAACUACAUGAUAAGAAGACCAAACACAUCAUUACAGCUACAAUAUUAUGCAAUAAAUAAUGACUAGCUAUAAAAUUACGAUUAUUAUGAACCAUCAUAUUAAAUGGUCGUAUGCAUAUGUCACAAUAGUAUAUAGAGCAUACCUACCUACCUACCAGCUAACACGUAUGGAGACUAAAGGACUAUUACGUGGUGCCAGAAUGCAAUAUUCACAAACAAGCUACUCUGUGUCACAAUAUAAUAAAUAUAUUACGUGUAAAAACAGCUACAAGCUAUUGCAUAUAAAGAUCACAUACAUCAUCAUAGAGAAAAAAUAUAUCUGUUAGGACCCUCUAUAAACUGGAGUUCUCUCAAAACGGGACGUUUACCACCGUUCCCAUUUAACUAUCAGUACAAACCGAAACAUUUCUAAACUGGAUAAUCCUUAAAAACUGAUGCUUUAAUUGAUCCCAUGAGUGUUCGGUUUAGAGAGGUUUCAUUGUAUGCACAAACUCGCUGCUUGCUACUGAUGUUUGUAGACUUGAGACAUUUUUCUAGAAGAUCAAAUCUAGCCAGAACACUGUAACAUACACCUAGAUAAAGGAUAUCAACAGUAUAGAGAUCAUUAUAGAUGGUAAAACGUAUCCGUAUUAGAGCUAUACGUACAAACAUUUCAGUAGCUACAGAAGUAUGAAAACUUAAAACUAAAUUAUUUCAGGAUACUCUACGCAAAAGUAGUUAAGUACUACUAGCUAAAGGAUAUCAACAAUAUAGAGAUCAUUAUAGAUGGUAAAACGUUUCCGUAUUAUAGUUAUAUGUACAAACAUUUCAGUAACUACAGAAGUAUGAAAACUAAAGAGUAAAUUAUUUCAGGAUACUCUGCGCAGUUACGUGUGAAGGAAGAAUAGAAUAUUCACUCACAGAAGUACCGCUGUAUGGAGUCUGUAUACAUCAUUUAAAAUACUCCGAUCUGUGCAUGUCACAAUUCUGUGUAUAGAAACAACUGACGGCUUUAGUGUUAUGAAUCCUGCAUACAUCAUUUAAAAUACUCCGAUCUGUACAUGUCACAAUUCUGUGCACAGAAACAACUGACGGCUUUAGUGUUAUGAAUCCUGCAUACAUCAUUUUAAAUGCACAGAUCUGUACAUGUCACAAUUCUGUGUAUAGAAACAACUGACGGCUUUAGUGUUAUGAAUACUGUAUACAUUAUUUUAAAUGCUCAGAUCUGUACAUGUCACAAUUCUGUGUAUAGAAACAACUGACGGCUUUAGUGUUAUGAAUCCUGCAUACAUCAUUUUAAAUGCUCAGAUCUGUACAUGUCACAAUUCUGUGUAUAGAAACAACUGACGGCUUUAGUGUUAUGAAUCCUGCAUACAUCAUUUUAAAUGCUCAGAUCUGUACAUGUCACAAUUCUGUGUAUAGAAACAACUGACGGCUUUAGUGUUGUGAAUCCUGCAUACAUCAUUUUAAAUGCUCAGAUCUGUACAUGUCACAAUUCUGUGCAUAGAAACAACUGACGGCUUUAGUGUUGUGGAUCCUGCAUACAUUAUUUAAAAUACUCCGAUCUGUACAUGUCACAAUUCUGUGUAUAGAAACAACUGAUGGCUUUAGCGUUAUGAAUCCUGCAUACAUCAUUUUAAAUGCUCAGCCCUGUACAUGUCACAAUUCUGUGUAUAGAAACAACUGACGGCUUUAGCGUUAUGAAUCCUGCAUACAUCAUUUUAAAUGCUCAGAUCUGUACAUGUCACAAUUCUGUGUAUAGAAACAACUGACGGCUUUAGCGUUAUGAAUCCUGCAUACAUCAUUUUAAAUGCUCAGAUCUGUACAUGUCACAAUUCUGUGUAUAGAAACAACUGACGGCUUUAGUGUUAUGAAUCCUGCAUACAUCAUUUUAAAUGCUCAGAUCUGUACAUGUCACAAUUCUGUGUAUAGAAACAACUGAUGGCUUUAGCGUUAUGAAUCCUGCAUACAUCAUUUUAAAUGCUCAGAUCUGUACAUGUCACAAUUCUGUGCACAGAAACAACUGAUGGCUUUAGCGUUAUGAAUCCUGCAUACAUCAUUUUAAAUGCUCAGAUCAGUACAUGUCACAAUUCUGUGCAUAGAAACAACUGACGGCUUUAGUGUUGUGGAUCCUGCAUACAUCAUUUAAAAUACUCCGAUCUGUACAUGCCAGAAUUCAGUGCAUAGAAACAACUGACGGUUUUAGCGUUAUGAAUCCUGCAUACAUCAUUUUAAAUGCUCAGAUCUGUACAUGUCACAAUUCUGUGUAUAGAAACAACUGACGGCUUUAGCGUUAUGAAUCCGGCAUACAUCAUUUUAAAUGCUCAGAUCUGUACAUGUCACAAUUCUGUGCAUAGAAACAACUGACGGCUUUAGUGUUAUGGAUCCUGCAUACAUCAUUUUAAAUGCUCAGAUCUGUACAUGUCACAAUUCUGUGCACAGGAACAACUGACGGCUUUAGCGUUAUGAAUCCUGCAUACAUCAUUUUAAAUGCUCAGAUCUGUACAUGUCACAAUUCUGUGCACAGGAACAACUGACGGCUUUAGUGUUAUGAAUCCUGCAUACAUCAUUUUAAAUGCUCAGAUCUGUACAUGUCACAAUUCUGUGUAUAGAAACGACUGACGGCUUUAGUGUUAUGGAGACUGCACACUAAACUAUACAUGUAUCAGGAUAUUAGGUGCAGCAAUACUAGCUACAGCCUACAUGGGUAUUAAGGCUAAUUUCAGGAUUAUAUAUAUAUAUAUAUAUAUAUAUAUAUAUAUGUGUGCGUGCGUGCGUGCGUGCGUGCGUGCGUGCGUGCGUGCGUGUGUGUGCGUGUCUGAAUAGUAAUUUACAACUUAGCUACAAGCCACAGAAUACGAAAACUCCAGACAUCCUUGUAAAUGUGUACAUGUGCCACGAAUCAAUGGGUAGAUGUAAGACCACCACACUCUCCCACUUACCACUAACUCACUGUCCUGGACUAACAUACUAAACAGCUAAGAUGUAUGUUUGGUACAGCGUGCUUGAAGCUUAACUGUAUAUAAGCACGAAAACAAAGUGAAACGAACCAAUAAGCCAAAAAAUAACCGCUGAUAAUGGAAUGACAUUGUGUAUGGAGGCAUGCGCACAAAAUAUAAUACUAUAUAGGUGAAAAAUAUUAUUUAUAUAAGACAUGUAAUAAUAUCUAACAUAUAUUAUGUACGGAGGUUUAAAAUGUAGAUACAUAUGGAAAAUGUAUCUGUUUAAGAGAGAUAAUAUGUAAAUAUGUUUGACAAAGGGAUGAAUGCGUGACUCAAAUUCAUUUAUAAAGUUGUAAUGUAUUUGUGUUGAAGCAUUAUGUGUAAAUAUUUCUCGUUAAAAAGUAGUUAAUGUAUGAUACUUAAAACGUGAAAUGGCAUUAAAUAUAUCAAGCAUAAUUAUGUCAGGUUAUUGUGUGUAAAUAUACCGGGGGGGGUGGGGGGGGGGUUGAAUGUAUAACCUGAAGGUUAACUGUUUUUGUAUUAGAAUCUGUUAUGUAAAUAUUUACGACAAGAGGUGUGAAUGCAUGACUCCUAUAUAGAGGUCAAAUGUUUCUCAUUUAGAAUCUUUUAUUUUGUGUAAAUAGUGUUAACACGUGUGACUAUAUGACAUGUCAAGAUAUAGAGGUCAGAUGUUUGUUAAAACACUUUCUGCACAUUUACUAACAAAGGUGUGAUUGCAUGACUUCUGAACAUAUAGAAGUCAAAUGUUUGUUGAAACACUUUCUGUACAUUUACUAACAAAGGUGUGAUUGCAUGACUUCUGAACAUAUAGAAGAUAAAUGUUUGUUAAAACACUUUCUGCACAUUUACUAACAAAGGUGUGAUUGCAUGACUUCUGAACAUAUAGAAGUCAAAUGUUUGUUGAAACACUUUCUGUACAUUUACUAACAAAGGUGUGAUUGCAUGACUUCUGAACAUAUAGAAGUCAAGUGUAUGUUGAAACACUUUCUGUACAUUUACUAACAAAGGUGUGAUUGCAUGACUUCUGAACAUAUAGAAGUCAAGUGUAUCUGUGUUAGAACAUUUCGUGCAAAUAUUUUUAAAUUUGUUAUUGUAUGACCACUGAAGAUAUUAUAGAAAUCAAAUAUG